UGGGCUUAAGGAUGUGCUCCGUAGUCAUGCUUCAUCAGUGUAGUCUGGCUGUGUUCUUGCUGUGCUCACUAGUGACUCUUGACGGGAGACCGGUUGCUGCACUAAGUAGCAGAACGAAGAGGUCAGUGAGCCACGCCCAGCUGAUGCAUGACAAGAGCCGCUCCUUACAGGAGUUCAAGCGAGGCAUGUGGCUGCAGGAGCUGCUGGAAGAGGUGCACACCGUCAACGAGCGAGCCGUGCACAGCCGAAUCCAAAUCCAGACCUUCAGUGGGAAUACCCUGCACGAGAAGCCCCCCGGGGCUACUAAGAACCUUCCCACUACGUUCAGCCCGGACAUAGAGGGCCCUGCCCUGCCACAGGAGACCAACAAGGCCGUGGCUUACAAGGACCAGCCACUUAAAGUGGCCACCAAGAAAAAAAAGGCGAGGCUGGGCCGCCAUAGAGAGAGCGACGAGAAGCGUACACGUACGCCGUCUGUCACAGCCAAGGAGCCGUGAAGGACUCAGUGACCUGGUUAAGACCUGGUUAAGAGACUCCCGUUUGGAUGGAACUGCACUAAGACACGGACAUAGGUUCAGCGUGACCUGGAGCUGAGAGACUCUACUCAUGGCUGACUUAGUCACUUCAUAUAAUGUCCUGUGUUUGUGCUUGUAUGAUAAUGUUUUGCUGAGUUCAUAUUUUUGAUCAGAACGUUUUUGCAAAUUAUCACAUCUUUUUAGGUCCAUAUUUAUUUUGCAACAUUUGUGAUUUUGACUUCAAAACAAAGCCACAUGUUGUCAUCUCUAACCAACCGAGUGCACGAGUAUUUAUUGCCUGACUAUUAUGUAACUUCAUAAAAUUGGGAGGCCGAGUGGUCUACUUCUUUGUUUGGCUCCAUGUUGACUAUCGUAAACUUACAGUUACUGUGCACACAAACUGUUCACUGCAUACAUCUGUUCAAACCGUUCUACCAUAAUUUAUUUCACUUUGAAAGUGUGUAUUUAUUUUGUGAAUGCAUCAUGGUGCUUCUGACUAAAUUCCAUAAUGCACUUUAGUUAUAUCCUGUACAUGUUCUUUUGUGGUUGAGUUCUAUUUUGAUGUUUCUUUUGGAUGUUUUCUGCAUUACAUCCUCCAUGGACUUGUAACUUAUUGGAUGCUUCAUCAAGUCUACUCACCAUUUCAUAUUAUUUUCACAGAACAAGCUUAAGUCAGGCGCUGUCAGACCCAUUUAAUAUUCUUCACCAAGCACUGAGGGCAUACUGUCCAUGUUUCCAGUUAAUCAAACAUUAAAAGUGUAGCUAAUAGAA